CGCUCAUCGGUCUCAACAAAGCACUCAGUCAGUCUCUGGCUCGACGGAACAUUCGUGUCAAUGCCAUAGCUCCAGGGAUCAUUCGAACGGACUUCAGUAAAGCGCUGUAUGCGAACGAGGUAGACCAUCAGAACUGGUUGCGAUCGAUUCCGCUCAACCGACUUGGACAUGCAGACGAAUGUGCGGACGCAGUUUCAUUUUUGGUAUCCGAUGAGGCCAGCUACAUAUCAGGAGAGACGAUUGGAGUGAACGGUGGCAUGCAAGCCCGUAUAUAA